UUUUUUUUUUUUUUUUUGCCGUACGCGGGCCUCUCACUGUUGUGGCCUCUCCUGUUGCGGAGCACAGGCUCCGGAUGCACAGGCUCAGCGGCCAUGGCUCACGGGCCCAGCCGCUCCACGGCAUGUGGGAUCUUCCUGGACUGGGGCACGAACCUGUGUCUCCUGCAUCGGCAGGCAGACUCUCAACCACUGCGCCACCAGGGAAGCCCAAGCCUAUUUUUAUUUUAUUUAUUAAUUUUUAAAAUAAAUUUAUUUAUUUAUUUUUGGCUGCGUUGUGUCUUCAUUGCUGUGCGUGGGCUCCUCAUUGCAGUGACCUGUCUUGCCACAGAGCAUGGGCUCCAGGCAUGCUGGCUUCAGUAGUUGUGGCUCACGGGCUCUAGAGCACAGGCUCAGUAGUUGUGGCGCAAGGGCUUAGUAUCUCCGCGGCACGCGGGAUUUUCCCGAACCAGGGCUCAAACCCAUAUCCCCUGCAUUGGCAGGUGGAUUCUUAACCACUGCGCCACCAGGGAAGUCCCUGUAAAAGCCCAUUUUUAGACCCUAAAGGAACCACAGCCUCCACUUUAAGAACCCCAGACUGAGAAGCUAAUUUAGGAACUAAAGGAAAAAAAAAUGUCUUUUGGGGAUUAAAGGCUCAAAGAAUCUAUCUGAAAAUCCAGAAGCAGGAGGGAAGUAAGCUCAGGGCAGAGCCCUUCUCUGGACCCUCCGAAUGUGCUGUGGUAACUCGAGUGUGCUACCGGCCACGACAGCUUGCUGAGUUAUUCUAAGUUUAAAUUCCUAUUUGUGAGCAAAAUUUUACAAAGAGGCCUCUAGUCUUCACCUGGUCUCUGCCUACUGCAGAAUGCUGGGACGUACCAGGCCUGCCCAGGAUGCACUCAGAAGGCUUGGCAUCUCUUUUCUUAGUUCUCCACCUUCAAAUGGCCCAUGAUGGCUUUGUGUCAGCAUCAGCUUAGUUGUCUAAGUUGUUGUGACAGCUCAGACGUGUCUGUAUUCAACGUUUCACUCUGCUUUGGGGACCUGCCUAGGGUGUGGCCAUCUGAGUUUGCGCAGUCUUCAUUUCUGAAAGUGCCUCUUAAACGGCAAUUGUCUUUUGACUCUCCUGUGUUGACAGCUGGCUGGAGACUGUCGCAGUCUGUAAAACAGCUGCCUGAUCAGGAUAAAGAGGAUUUUGAUCGAUGCUUUCAUUUUCCGAGAGAUCCUCUUAGGCCCCUAGAUUAUAGGAAGAAAAAAUGCACUGGCAUUCUGCUUUCAAAAAUGAUUUCUAAUUCAUCCCUUCCUUGAAGUGAAACAGGAAAUAAAGAAUUUAAAACCCCAAUUCUAAGUUGAUAGUGGAUGCAUGGAAACAGCACUGGACUACAGUCCUGCUGGCUGACCCUUGGUGUGGUUAAGAAAGGCAGCUCUGGCCUGUGCUGGGCCUCAGCUUCCUCGUCUAUAAUGAAGAUAUUGGAUUUCACGAGCUUCCACAUCAGGGCCAGCCGUGUAAGAGAUCCUCCCUUGAAAAGAACACGCCACUCCCACCCCUACACCACACACACCCAAACGGUAAAACUUUGUUACAUACACACACAUCCCUAAAACAAUCAAACUUUUUCAUUGUACUAUAUUUUGCUUUACCAGUUUAUCCCUUGGAAAAUAGUUUUGUACCUAUUUUGUAAGUUGAAUGCUCGUCCCUCAUUUUGUCAGGUGACAGUGUUUCGGGGGAGAGAAAAGGGUGUUCUGCUCUAAAACUUUAUCAGCAACCAAGUUCGACAGGGCAGCCUGACAGGGCCUCUAGUCUAGAAAUAAUGAGGGGGCAGGGGGCCACCUUAUGAGAGAAAAAAAAUCCCAAACACCCUACGACAUGCAGAAACCUAUUGUCUCCUUCUCCCAAUAGAAAGUAAACCCUUGGGUCCAGACCUUUUUUAAUUCAUGGCUGUCUCUAGUGCCUACAACAGUGCCUGGCACAUAGCAGGUGUUCAGGAAAUAUUUGUUGACUAGAUGGGGACAGGUAUUAGCGCUUCAACUUUGUCCUUUUUUUUUUGGCUGCAUCACGUGGCAUGCAGGAUCUUAAUUCCCCAACCAGGGAUUAAACCCUCACCCCCUGCACUGGAAGCACGGAGUCUUAACCACUGGACCACCAGGGAAGUCCCAGCGCUUCAACUUUGAUGACUUGUAACUGUGCCCCUCUUCCCAUGGGAAAGAUGCCCUGAAGCAGGCCAGGGAGGCAUGGGGGUUCGAGGAGAAACAAACCUCCAGCUUUACUCCCUCCUCUAUGAGCCAUGAGCGUUUUGAGACUGAAUUUCAAAAAUCUCCGAGAGAGGAGGUAGAAAAAAAGCCUGUUCCAUUUUUCCCAGCCCACCUACCCCUUCUCCCCCCACCACCCCCCAUUAGUAGGGUCUUGUUGUGUUACAGUCCAUGCUUGCCCCAACAGACAUGACUCCUAAGAAUCCUAUCAUGAGUGAUUUGUAAAUGUAAGCAUCCUUGACUUAUCUAUUAUAUAAAUCCAGAUGUUUAUUAAAUGUUUAAAUCAAAAUUAUUUGUAUUAAGGGUAUAGAUCUCACAUCUUCAACAGUUUCCUGCAGUUAGUACAUCUUUGCUCAUACAUUGAAAGACUAUGAGGUUUGAACUAAAAACAUUUUUUAAAUGACUUGAAAUUCUCAUAGUUCUUUCAACAAUGUCUUCCUGAUACAGUAAACCACAGUGAAAGUGACUUUAACAAUGGUGGAUCAUUUUGGAUACAAUUUCUGUGUAAAAAAGACACAGAGUUUGAGUCUCUUUGGGAAAUCAGAUGCUAACUAGCCCCUAGAGCCCAGUAGCUGUUAUGAAAGCAGAGAAACGGUAGCCACCUCCCCAUUGGCCGGGGGACUUACCCAGAUGUCUGGCUUUCACAUAAAAGACAGGAAGCACUGAAGUCAGUCUCCACUUCCACUCAAAGGGCAAAAGCAAAAACAGCAAAAAAGGAAGAUGGCAAGACUAUUGUUACUUUUCCUCCCAGGUCUUGUGGCCAUAUGUGCCGUGCAUGGAAUAUUUAUGGACAGACUUGCUUCCAGGAAGCUGUGUGCAGAUGACGAGUGUGUCUAUACUAUUUCUCUGGCCCGAGCUCAAGAAGAUUACAGUGCCCCAGACUGUAGAUUCAUUAACGUUAAAAAAGGGCAGUGGAUCUAUGUUUACUCAAAGCUGGUAAAAGAAAAAGAAGCUGGAGAAUUUUGGGCUGGCAGUGUUUAUGGCGAUCAACCUGAGGACGAGAUGGGAACUGUGGGUUAUUUCCCCAGCAACGUGGUCCAGGAGCAACACGUGUACCAAGAAGCCACCAAGGAAGUUCCCACCACGGUAAGCGUCCUGGAGGUGCCAGGGAAGGACUCAGAUCUCAAGGUAAUAAUGUAGAUGUAGGCAGGUGGGAAUAAUGCAUCAUGCAACUUACAAGGUGCAUCGUGCAAAGCCCCCCGACACUUUCAGUGGUGACGUCUCUAGACAACGAGAUUUGGGGGAGUUUUUAUACCUGCUAUCAAUGUUGAAAGGUUAGUGAAAUUUCUCUACCAACCCCCUUUGUUUUAGAUGCAAGUUAUCCUGGAAAGGGCUCCAUGUCACAAAGAAAGAAACCAACAUAAUAUUAGCUGACUCUUACUGAUGGGUACACUUGUUGAGUAAAGACUUGGGCUGAGAAAAAAAUCAGCACCUGUAUUUGACAAAAUCAAAACAUUCUGGAAAAUUUUUGAAUGCCUACUUUUGUGAUAGAUAGACUCUACUUAUGCAUGAAAAAAAAUUGUACUCUUCCUAAUGCCCUGGGGUCUUGUAUACCCAGAACAGAAAUAAAAGAUCCCCUUUGAGCUACUUUGCAAGGUGGUUCUUUUGAAACGAUUCUCCUGGAGCUAACGGCUGUGCAAAAUAACUUCAAAACAUUGCCCAACCUACACAAAUGCGACUCGCUUGUCAUCAUGUCUUAGCACUGAGCUUGAGAGUGUCAAAUAACCAUAAAUUAAAAGUGUAUUUGAGAAUCUUCACUUUAAGUAGUUUUUGACUUAAAGUAAUACUUGUGUCAUAGUCUUUGGGGUUCAGACUUUGCUUAUUUUAAAUCCAAAUUUCCCUUUGAUGACAUAUGAUUUGAAAUAAAGAAUCUACAUCUGUUUUCUGACCCUGCACGCUCAGCUCAAUCUUUUUUUGCUUUUGUUUUCUUCCAGGAUAUUGACUUCUUCUGCGAGUAAGAAGUUAGACAAAUUUGCAGAUAGAAAGGAAACACCAAAAACAAAGAAAAAAGCGAAAAUAACCAAAAAAUACACGUCCCUAAUUUCUGACUUUUGUUUCAAGGGUUUCGCUUGGGGCU